GCUUCUUCCGCCCAGCUGUGGCGUGCCCGUCGCCAUGCCGGAGCCUGGCUCAGAAGGCUGGCCAGCGGGGAAGGUCUUCGAAGCCGGCAUUCAGGGCUUCACAUACGAUGACCUGGUCUUCAUGCCGGGGAGUCCCAAAUGUGAGGCUUCAGAGGUGGACCUGUCCAGUCACAUCACAAAGAACAUUCGCUUGACCUGUCCAGUACUGGGAAGUCCAUCGGACACGGUGACCGAAGCCAAGAUGGCCAUCGAACUGGCGCUGGCGGGUGGGAUGGGCAUCAUCCAUGCCAACCAGAGCAUUGAGAGCCAGGUGGAGAUGGUCCAGCAGGUGAAGCGUUUCGUGAGCGGCUUCAUCCUGGAACCCUUUGUGAUGAGUCCUACACAGACCCUGGCAGAGCUGGAUAAGUUGAAGGACACCAAAGGCGUGUCCACAGUGCCCAUCACCCAUGACGGGCAGCUGGGCGGCCGGCUACUGGGCAUCGUGACGUCCAGAGAUGCGGACCUCUGCGAGGAUCGCAAGGAGUUUCUCUGCAAGGUGAUGACGGAGAAGAUCGUCACCGCCAAGGAGCCGCUGGCGUUUUCGGAAGCUCUGGAGGUGUUGAAGCAAAGCAAGGUUGGGAAGCUUUUGAUCCUGGAUGCCGAAGACCGCUUGGUCUCGAUGGUCACAAGAAGUGACUUGAAAAAAGUCCGUGAUUUUCCAGAGAUGUCCCGCGACGUCUCCGGCAAGUUGUUGGUGGCCGGCGCCGUGCCGGCCCGGGAGGGGCGGCCGGACGAGGAGCGAGCCAAGGCGCUGGCCGAGGCCGGCGCCAACGUGCUGUACCUCUUUGGGGAUGGGAUCGAUGCGCAGCUGGAGCUGAUUUGGAAGCUGAAAUCCGCCUACCCCCUGGUGGAGAUCUUGGCCGGUCCAGCAGCCUCGGUCCGGGAGGCGAAGCGUUUGAUCCAGGCCGGCGCCGAUGGCAUCGUGGCGGGCACCGGCUGCGACGUGGGGGGCGACCCUGCGGCGCCGCAGGCGGUGGCACUGGGACGUGGGGAGGCGACGAUGGUCUACGAGGUGGCCUUCUACGUGACCCGCAACUUCAACGUCCCCGUCUGCGCGGCGGGGUGCCGUAGCAGCUCCCAGGCCUUGGUGGCGCUGGGCCUUGGGGCCUCCUCGCUGAUGCUGCGGGAGCCGCUGGCCGGGGCCCUGGAGGCGCCCUCCGGCGGCACGGCGGCAGCACCGCGGCACCACAGCCACAGCCUGGUGCACUGCGUGGGGCUGCGCUACGGCGCCAGCAGGGCCUGGGAACGGCAGGUCACGGUGCCCAGGAGUGUGGCACAGGAGGUGACGCAUAAGAGUCAGGUGAAAGCCUUCUUGUUGUACUUCCUCUCGGGUUUACGCAAGGGUCUGCGAGAGCUGGGCUAUCGCAGUUUACCCGAGCUUCAUGAGGGGUUGGAGAAAGAACUGCUGCGGAUGGAGUGCAGAUUGCCUUAUGGCCUUCAGCUCCGAGAAUGGCGAUGUCAAAAGGCGAUGGCCAAUGGCCAAUUGCCACAAGCCUGCAGGGCGUGAGGUAUGUGAGCUAUUGAUGGUUCAUUGGCUGAUGGUUAUAUAGUGGCUACAGUGAU